GAAGUGAGCUGUGUUUCUGCUACCGUUCACAUGACGGAAGUGAAAACCGGUUUUGUUUUGAUAAUUGUGUUUUUUCUCUCUUUCUCUCUCUCUCUAUAUAAAUCUAUUUAAACCAAACCGAUUUAGAGCUGUGUUUCGUCUCCUAAUGGGCGGUCUUGGAGUGAUGGCUAAUGACGAAUCUCUGGAUUAUUCGGUUCAUGAAGCUUGGAACGAAGCCACUAAUGUUUACCUGCUGGUUAUUUUGGUCAGUUUUGCUCUGCUGAUGUACGCAAGAAAAAAUAAGAGAAAGAUCAUGCGGAUCUUUACGAUGCCUCCCACGGUGGAAUCUUCUCCAGAGAUGAAUUUCUAUGACAGUUUGCAGAAAGUGCGGCUUAGGCAGCAGCUGGAGAUGUAUUCUCUCUCCCGGAAGUUUGACCAGCAGCAACAGCAGGGCCAGGCACAGGAGUGUGUGCAGCUGUCGAUGGAGUGAACAAGACUGCUGACAGCUGUGUGACAGUCACCUGAGUCACACACGUGAAGAAGCUCUGUUUGAUGCAGAGAUGUUUAGGUGUGCAAUAUUUCAGCUGCAACAUUUUUGAAUUUCUUUUGUCAUUCAGAAGUCUGAACAUGAGGAAGACACACACACACACACACACACACACACACACACACACACACACACACACACACACACACACACACAAUUUUCUUAGUUGUGUAAUUGUUUAUACAUGCAGAAUAAGAGAUAGGGAUUAAAGAAAACUACCUUGUAUGAGAGAUACAUCUGAAUUAUGAGCCGUUGCUGCCAUCUAGUGGUUAUUAUAGGUUUUGCAGUUUAAUGUUUAAGCGAGAUUUUUCUUUUUUUCUGAUUCUACAGCUGGUUAAUAAAUCCGAAUGAUUAGAAAUGCAGGCAUAAUUCUACUAUUAUCUUUUAAAAAAUGUACAAAUAUAAAUAUUAUGUAGGUUAUAUGUGUGACCUUCAGUUUAGCAGGUUUCCAUGAUGGUCUUCUAUUUUACUACUGUACUGUUUUGAUUAUUAUUAUUAUUAUUAUUAUUAUUAUUAUUAUUAUUAUUAUUAUUAUUAGUAGUAGUAGUAGUAGUAGUAUAAUUGUUUAAUAAUGAUAAUAAUAAUAAUUAUUAUUAUUAUCAUUAUUAUUAUUAGUAGUAGUAUAAUUGUUUAAUAAUAAUAAUAAUAAUAAUAAUAAUAAUGAUAAUAAUAAUAAUAAUAAUUAUUAUUAUUAUUACUUUACAUUUUGAACGUAAUGCAUUUUGAUAAACCAAGUCUGAGACAUGUCGCCCUCUGGUGGCUAUUUGAAGUAACAGCAUGUUUUGUACAGCGCUUGUAUUAUGUACAGUAUUACAUGUAAUUCUGCUAUUAUAAGAAGCAGUAGUACUAUUAGUAUUUUUGUUAUUGUUUUGGGAGCUAUGAUGUAUAAUUUGUAGUUAAAAUCUUUUUAAACAAUG